ACCCAUUAUCAACACACGAAUCCUUCUCAGCUUUCAUUUCCUCACGAUCGGUUCAAAGCGGCAUUUUACACAUUUAUAAAAAACGACAGCUUCCAAUUGACACGGCUACGUUCUACUCUCCGAAAUAUUGAAGAUAUGUUCAACAAACACCAUCAUUAUCCUUAUAUCAUUUACUCAGACCAAGAUUUAGACGAUCAGUUUAGAGAAUUAGCAAGCUCACUUGUGGCACCUGCAACGAUGAUCUUCAACAAAAUCGACAAGUCAUUGUACGGUUACAGAAAUGAUACAAAUUUGGAAAAAGCAGCAGAGGCAAGAGUGAAAUUGAAUACAACCAUGUUUGGUGAUAGCGAAGAUUAUCGAUUCCAGUCUCGUUUUAUGGCAGGCACCAUUUACAGAGAUAAAUUCAUGCAAGAAUUAGAUUAUGCUUGGAGGUUUGAAGCAGGAACAGAAUAUCUUUGCCCGUUUGAGUACGAUCCAUUCAAAUAUAUGUUGGAAAACAACAAAAAGACAUCCUUUGUUAUGGCUCUCUACGAAUAUAGAGAAACGAUUCCUAGUUUAUAUCAAACUGUACUGCAUUUUGCACAAGAGCAUUUGAACUGGAUUCAACCUGCAAGUAAUCCGAACACUUUAUGGCACUUUAUAUUAGAUAACAAUAAUGGAUUCAAUGGCUGUCAUCUUUGGAAUAAUUUUCAGGUAGGCUUUAAC